ACUCGGUCUCUUACGGGCGCAUCACAUAACUUGCUUCAAAAUGGGCAAAAGAAAGGUCGCGGCGCUCGAGAAAAUAGAGGCUGACCUUGCCGGUCUUCAGUAUAAAAUUAGGAAAGAUCCAGAAGCAUACGAGAAAGAGUUCAUUGAGAAUUGGCAACAAUUCGAUGCUGCGCACGAGAAAUUCCUAGCGGCCCCGGUGGGCGCUGAUUCUAACUCACUCAUAACUUUCCGAGAGCAAAUAGAUCUAAUUGCCCAUUGUGCCGAGCUGUAUCCUCAGAUAACUGCGACGUUCCCGGACGCGCUCAAAGAUGUACUUACCAAGCAUCAUGCCGUGUUGGAACCUACCCUGCGAGAAAAAAUAGUAUCUAGCCUUACUCUACUGCGCCGGAAAGAUGUUAUCGACAGCAACUAUCUCCUCACUACCCUGUUUCCUAUUCUCAUCAGCACUCCCUCGAAGUCCUUAAGAAUGAUCCUCUAUCAGAAAAUACUGAGCGACAUAAGGAACACAAAUACAAAGACGACAAAUCACCGAGUAAAUCGGACUAUGCAAACCGUCCUCUAUAACCUCGUCACUUCAGAUCGCUCCUCUCCGAAAGCUUUAUGGGCCGUCAAGCUGGUACGCGAAUUAUGGCGGCGCCAAGUAUGGAGCGACGCUAAAACUGUUGAUAUUAUGCGCCAAGCUUGCCUGGCAGAUAAUGAGAAGGUGAUUGUAGGGGGUGUGAGAUUUUUCCUUGGGGGGGAUAAGGAACGUGAAGAAUUUGAGGAUGAAAGUAGCGACGAAGAAACAAUCGAUAUUAAGAAGGUUAAACAUUCGAUCGGGAUUAAUAAGAAGACGAAGAAGUCAAAAAAGAUUCUUGACAAGGCCGUCGACAAGAUUAAGAGGCAGGAGCGCAAGAAGAAUGCGCCGCAUCCGCUCAACUUUUCCGCAUUACAUUUGCUACAGGAUCCUCAAGGUUUCAGCGAGCACUUGUUUGAGAAGCACCUUCAAAAUUCCAAGGCUAAGCUCGCUCUUGAAAGCAAGCUUCUUGUCUUACAGCUUGUCACCCGUUUAGUCGGUUUGCACAAGUUGACGGUUAUAUCGCUCUACUCCUGGUUCAUAAAAUACCUUUCUCCUAGGCAGCAAUCAGCCUCGUCUUUUCUAGCGUCACUCGCUCAAGGUACUCACAACUUAGUACCUCCAGACGCAAUCGAGCCGUUAAUACAAAAGAUCGCGAACGAGUUCGUAUCUGAAGCAUCGGCAUCCGAGGUCUGUUCUGCUGGUCUCAACGCAAUCCGCGAGAUAUGUGUCCGGCAACCGCUGGCGAUGAAUGAAACGUUGUUACAGGAUUUAGUCGAAUACAGGAAGAGCAAGGAUAAGGGAGUCAUGAUGGCUGCAAAGGGUCUUCUCUCAUUGUACCGCGAAAAGGGCGCCGAGAUGUUGAGGAAGAAAGAUCGUGGCAAGGAUGCGACCAUAGGUCUCAAGAGCGGCGAUCUGAAGCAACCGAAAUUCGGCGAAGAGCAAGUUGGCGAAAUUGAAGGCCUCGAGCUCCUUGCCAAGUGGAAAGAGGAGCAGAGGAAACAGAAACGAGCCGAACGUGGGUUACCAGAAGGAGACGAAAAGGGAGAGGACGAAGAAGAUGGUUGGAAUUCGGACGAUUGGGAAGUUGCAUCAACUGAUAGCAGCGACUCCGGGGAAUGGAUUAGGGUAAGCGAUUCAGAAGAUGAAGCAGAGCCCGAACCAGAUGCGAAGAGACAAAAAGUCAAUCCUGAUGAUCCCGAAGAGGACAGCAAAGAAAGUGCGCAGAACGAAGCUGUUGAUUUCAUAAAAUUGGCCACGACCCAGAUCCUUACCCCGGCAGACUUGGCUAAACUUCGAGAAUUGCGAAUGGAGGCGAGCAUAGAUAAAGCUAUGGGCAGCAAACGCAAGAAGGAGCUGGAAAGCCGACAUGUUGACGAAGGAUUGACGGCAGAGCAAAUUGAGGCGCCAUCCAGGUUGCGUAAGACUACAAAGGAAGAGCGAAUAGCACUGGCGAAGGAGGGCAAACCGGAUCGUGAAGAGCACAAGUCUACACAAGCCAUACGAAAGUCCAAGAAGGAGGCCGAGGGCAAGUCAUCAACUAAUAAGGAAAAGGCACGCAAGAAGAAUUUCCUGAUGACACUAGGCAAGGCGAAGUCGAAACAGAAACGAAGUCUCGUUGCCACGAGGAAUAUCUUGAAGAAUCAUAUUGACAGAAGUAAAUCCGGUGGCAGGAGGAGAAAUGGCGUAUCGCGAUAGUACCUAACCUAAACGAAAUAGGUCGCAAGAGGGUCUAAGGAACUCGAAGUUCUUCUUCGCACCAAGUAGCGUCGUCAGCAGCAUGACCGAUACUGGCUCAGGAUGCUAUA